UGCCCACUGCUGCGUCAGCCACAAGGACUCUGGGGCCUGACGUGAGAGCCCCCAGCGUAAACCCAGCCCUUUCUCCGAGCCCCGCCACGAGAUUUCCCGCCUCCGCGCAGCACUUGGGACCCCGGGCGGCGCUCGGGAGUCCCGCUUCUGCGUUGGGGAGCGGCGUGGGCGUGACGUCAUCGCGCCCUGACGUCAGGCCGACGUACAGCACUGUGUCCUGGGAGACCGGGAAAGCCGUUUCGCACCCGGCAGAAUUGAAGUCUAGAUUAUUUUACUUCAGAGCUCCCUCAGUAUAUCUUGAGAAAUUAUGGAUCGUCACAUUCCCAUGCAUGCAUUACCUGAAGAAAUCCAAAAGGUUGUUACAUAAUACUGAGCAGAGUUCCCUGUGUUAUACAAUGUCUCCAGAAGAAAAAGUUUGUAAGUACUGUGGAGUCAGCUAUCUAAUUCUUCAUGAGUUUAAGGCUAUGGAAGAAAAAGUGAAAGCAAUGGAAAAAGAGAUGAAAUUUUAUCAAGGAAGUGUAGAACGUGAAAAGAGCCUUCAAGAAACACUACAGACUCUUAGCCAAGAUUUUGAACAGUACAAAAUUGACAGUGAAUCCAAAAUGGAAAGAAUUCGAGAUGCAAGCAUACAGUUAAAAAGUCAGCAAAAUGAUUUUCAGAGAGUACAGAAAGAAUUGAGUCAGUUGCAACAUGAGUUAAAAAUUAAACAAAGACAAUCACAAAUCUUCAGUCAGAGAUUGACAGAAUACAAGUAUCUCUGGAAUAAGACUCUUUCAUUACUUACUUUUAGUAAAAGAGAGCUAACCAGUAUUAAAAAUGAAGUAUAUGAUAAUUUUCAAAACUGGACUUCACUGAAAGGAGAAGUUUUUCUACAAAUUAAAUCCAUAAGUGAAACAGCCUUGACAGAAAUAAAGAUGCUAAAUAAAAGUUUGACAGUGUCCCAGAGAAAUAACGUAUGCCUUGAAGAGGAAAUGAAAAAUCUGAAACUGUUGUCAGAUGCAGCCAUAUUGAGAUCUCAGCAAAUUGAGACAUUCAAACAACAGGAAGUAAACUUGCAAACCAGAUGCCAUGACUUGCAAAAGGAAGUACUAGAUUUACAGUGUGAGAUUGAAGCACGUGGGCUAAAACUUCAGAAGGCAGUGACUGAGAUGGACAACUACAAAGAAAAGCUCAUGAAUAAAUCUAAUGAAGCUGAUGAGUGUCAAAGAGAACUUAGAAAACUGAAGUUCGAAUCCAUUAUUUCUGAGUCACGGCACACCAGAUUGCUUAAAGAAAAGGAAGACUCUUUAAUGACUUGUCAACAAAUAUAUAAAACUUUACAGGAAGAACUGACUGCAAAAGAAAGGCAAGAAGCUGACUUAAAAAGAAGAAUUAAUCUUGCAGAAAAUGAACUGGAAAUAACCAAAACCCUUCUAAAUCAGGCAAAGCAAGAGGUUGUAACACUGAAAAGUGAAAGGGAAUUGAUGCUGAUUUCACAUCAGAAAAGCAUGGAGCAGUUGCAGGAAACCCUUAGACAGAAGAUGCUGAACGGUGAUAACUGGAGGGAGAAGGUUGAAGCUGAACUCGCCAAGGAAAGGGCCCAACAUUUAGUUGAAUUUCAGGAGCAAGCUCUUCUCUUUGAAGAAGUUAAACUGGAACUCGAUAUUGAAAAGGAAAAACACCAAGAAAUAAUCCAAAAGUGUAAGAAAGAAAAAGAAGAACUACAAAUGAAGAUAUCUGACUUAAUUGAAGGCGCUACUAAGGAUCUAAGGCUGAAAGUGGCUGCUCUUGAAGAAAAGCUCCAUGAAUCCCAUAUUCAAUAUACUGAAGAAUCUGAGUUAAAGGAGAAAGAAAUCGAAAACCUUAAAAAUUUGGUUGCAGAAUUUGAAUCACGCUUGAAGAAGGAAAUUGACAGUAAUGAUUCAGUUUCAGAGGACUUGAGGAAGGAAAUGAAACAGAAGUCAGAUGAACUGGAAAGAGUAAUGCUGGCACAAGCACAACUGAUACAGCAAUUCAACCAGUCCCAGGAAGAGAACACUUUUCUUCAGGAAACAGUGCGUAGAGAGUGUGAAGAACGCUUUGAACUGACGGAGGCUUUGAGUCAAGCCAGAGAACAGCUCCUGGAGCUCAGGAAGCUCGGCGGACAGUCACCCCUAUCACCAGGCUCCCUCAGCCAGGGAAGCCUAACCUCCUCUGUUGCAGCUAGCAGCAGUCAGGGAGAGAAGAGGCUCGCAAGACUGAACUCCGAAAUGAGAAUCAAAAUCCCCAGCCUGCACGGAGUGUCGAAACCCACCGCUUCCCCAGCCUCAACUCAGCCCAGCAGGGUCAGCAGCUCAGGUUUGCCCACCCUCCCCCAGCCACACCCUCCCCGGGGUCGAACGUCUUCAGUCAGUGAGACCCGGCAGAGACUGGCUGUCAUUCUGCAGAGGAGACUGAGUCAGCAGUGAUGGAGCCAAAGUCAGGAGCAGCUCCACACAGCAUGCCUGUCUUUCCCAGAGUCCAGAAACUCACUGUACGAGGAUGAAAAGGAUCAAAUUACUACCACAGAUUAAGAAUGCAUACUUACAGAUAUUUUUAACAAGACAGUUGGAAAAGCUAAAGAAUUGUGAAACCACAUUUUCCAAGAGGCCUUUGAAACUGCAACAGAUAAUGAAGUUGUUGGUAUUCCAGAGGGCCAAUUUCUAUAUUUAUGUAUUGUGUGUUUCGAUGUGCUCUAUGAAUAUGCCCUUUUAGAGAUCAUAGUUUGUUCGUGUUUUAUUGACGCCUGGAUGCUCAGGCCUUGAUCGCGCACUUCCAUGGUG